UUGGCUCCCCCCCCCCUAAAUGGAAGGGCUAAGUGGUUCCCCUGGAAACCAUGAACCAGUUGGAAGCGAGUGUUGAAAUGCUUCAUUUCUAGCAGCUGUAAAAACCCCAGAGUUCCAGACGUAGAUGAUGUGGAGCAUUUCCUGAAGAAAAGCUUCAGUAUCGCUGCUCUCUUUCUGAGAACCUUUUUUUUAGCUAGUUUCUCAUUUUUCCAUUAUUUGGCUCAUACUCGGUGUUCUAAACCAAAACAACCAUGUGCGGAAUAUUUGCAUACCUGAACUAUUGUGUUCCCCGCACUAGAAAAGAGAUCAUGGAAACACUCAUCAAAGGCCUCCAGAGACUUGAGUAUAGAGGAUAUGAUUCAGCAGGUGUGGCAGUGGAUAUAGAGAAGCACAUCAGAUUGAUCAAAAAGAAGGGAAAAGUGAAGGCUUUGGAUGAAGAGCUCCACAAGCAAGAGGAAACCGAUUUAAAGGAUGAAUUUGAGACACAUUUUGGAAUUGCACAUACACGCUGGGCAACACAUGGAGUACCUAAUGCCGUCAACAGCCAUCCUCAGCGAUCUGAUAAGAAUAACGAAUUUGUAGUCAUCCAUAACGGCAUCAUUACAAAUUAUAAAGAUUUGAGGAAAUUUUUGGAAUCGAAAGGUUACGACUUUGAAUCAGAAACAGAUACCGAAGUGAUCCCUAAACUGCUAAAAUAUGUCUAUGACAAUAGGGAAACCGACGAUAUCAGAUUUUCAACAUUAGUCGAGAGAGUUAUUCAGCAACUUGAAGGAUCAUUUGCACUGGUUUUCAAGAGCAUCCAUCAUCCAGGUGAAGCAGUAGCAACAAGGAGAGGAAGUCCUCUACUAAUUGGUGUGCGCAGCAAGUAUAGGCUUUCUACUGAGCAGAUUCCUGUUCUUUAUCGGACUUGCAGUAACAGUGACAACAGAACAAAUGUGCCCAGAGUAAAGAGAAUUGAUAGCUCAACUUGCCUUUACCCAAUGGGAAAUGAAAAGUCAGUGGAAUUUUUCUUUGCAUCCGACGCAAGUGCAAUAAUUGAACACACUAACAGAGUUGUUUUUCUGGAAGAUGACGAUGUAGCCCAUGUCGCCGAUGGGAAACUUUCCAUCCACCGCAUUAAACGUUUAACGGGAGAUGAAUCAUCACGUGCUAUUCAAACACUGCAAAUGGAGUUGCAGCAAAUAAUGAAAGGUAACUUCAGUGCUUUCAUGCAAAAAGAAAUAUUCGAACAGCCAGAAUCUGUUGUCAAUACCAUGAGAGGAAGAAUCAAUUAUGAGACCAAUACAGUCAUACUUGGAGGCCUACAGGAUCACAUGAAGGAAUUUAAAAGAUGCCGAAGACUGAUCUUGAUUGGCUGCGGAACCAGCUAUCAUGCUGCUGUUGCUACCAGGCAAGUGCUUGAAGAGCUUACAGAAUUACCUGUGAUGGUCGAACUGGCGAGUGACUUCCUGGAUAGAAACACUCCAGUUUUUAGAGAUGAUGUGUGCUUCUUUAUAAGUCAAUCAGGGGAAACAGCUGAUACCCUAAUGGCAUUACGAUAUUGCAAAGCCCGUGGAGCCUUAACUUGUGGUGUUACAAACACUGUUGGUAGUUCAAUAUCAAGAGACACUGACUGUGGAGUGCAUAUUAAUGCUGGCCCUGAGAUUGGCGUGGCCAGCACUAAGGCUUACACAAGUCAGUUCGUGGCAUUGGUAAUGUUUGGCCUAAUGAUGUCUGAGGACCGCAUUUCGAUGCAAGAAAGGAGAAUGGAAAUCAUAAAAAGCCUUAAGUCUUUACCUAGAAUGAUAAAAGAUGUUUUAGCUUUAGAUGAAGAAAUUCAAGAUAUAGCUCAAGAACUCUACAAUCAAAGAUCUCUUUUAGUUAUGGGACGAGGUUACAAUUAUGCAACAUGCUUGGAAGGAGCACUUAAAAUAAAAGAAAUCACUUAUAUGCAUUCUGAAGGAAUUCUAGCUGGAGAAUUGAAACAUGGGCCACUUGCUCUGAUUGACAAACAAAUGCCAGUUAUAAUGAUUAUCAUGAAAGACCCCUGUUUUACAAAAUGCCAGAAUGCUCUUCAACAGAUUGUAGCCCGUCAGGGACGUCCAAUCAUUCUUUGUUCUAAGGAUGAUACUGAAAGUAAAAAGCUUGCCUACAAAACAAUUGAACUUCCACAAACAGUUGAUUGCAUGCAGGGAAUUCUGAGCGUCAUUCCACUUCAACUGCUGUCAUUCCACUUAGCAGUUUUAAGAGGAUAUGAUGUUGAUUUUCCAAGGAACCUGGCCAAAUCUGUAACUGUGGAAUAAAUAUGGUGUUAUCAAGAGAUGCUGUCUGAAGAACAGAUGUCAAACCUAAAUACGUUUUUCUUAAAACAAUAUAAUGUUUUAAUUUAUGUAUUAUUUUUUUCUCUGCUUUGGAAGAGCUAUACUUUUUGCACUUAUGUGCCUUACUUACUUUGUACGCUUUUUUUAGAUGCCUAAUAAUCCUAGCCCUUUGCCAUUAAACUGGUAUAACUCUGCAUGCGUGGCUAUGCCAAAGGAGGCAAGUAUUUGUUUACAUUUUGAAGCAGAGUAACAACUCAGUGUGCAAUAUAAGUAUAACUGUUUACCACAAACGUGUGUAAACACAUUUUAAGGUUCAAACUACUUUCCAGUUGAUAUUUAUACUUAACAUCUCAUUGUGCAAUGUAUGUAUAAACUUAUACUGAGACGGUGUGUAAACGCCUUUUAUAACAAAGACUAUUCCCAGAUUAUAUUUAUACACAUUUUAUAACAGAGCUUUUCAUAGUUCAAUUUCUUUUUCUGUAUAUUUCAUUCUUACCUUGUUUAUUUUGAACAGAAUAAAAAAAACAUUUAAAGUAUUUCUUGUUUUUAAAUGUGCUCAGAUUAGAUCUUCUAUUUGCAAUACAAUGUUACUUUUAUACAAACUGUAAUGCUAAAAAUAGCUUACAUUAUAUAUUAAACAGUAGAAGCCCUGCAA